AUGAAGAAGAAGAAGAUCGUCAAGGAGGAGUCUAAGCCAGCGCCGCAAGCCACCGGCCGACUCAAGUUAUAUGCCGCGCGCAGGGGUCGCAUAAGCCGGCGGCAGGACACGGUGGGCGAGGCAGCGGCGCCGAUCAAGGAGCACGCCGACAGCAAGGGUGAACUCGGCAACGAGCGCCGCUGGCAGAAGAGGACGUGUAGCUUCUGCGGAGUAAGCAGAAUCCACGAGAACGAUCACUUCUGCCCCUACAACUACAUCAACGGGGAUUUCAACCUUAGCACCUGCAGGGCGCGGUGCCAGCCGGGGAAGCACCCGCUCUUGCUAGCCUCCUCCUCCGGCUCCGGCUCCGGGAGCCACCACCUGCUGCGGCGCCUUGUACGCGUCACCAAUGUGGCGCUGAGCACCAUCCCCGGCGAAAGCGACCUGUGUCGGCUCUUCAGGCGGUUCGGGCCGCUCGUCGGGUCCAACCUCACCAGCAUGAGCCUCCACGACCCUGUCGGCUUCGGGUGGGUGGUGUUCGAGAGCCGCGAGCACGCCGAGGAGGCUAUCGACAAGCUCAAUGGACACCUCGUUGGUGACCGCAAGCUCCGAGUAGACUGGGUCUAUCCUCAAACCUGA